AACAAUUCGUGCCGCGUGCGCGUUCGUGACAAAUUAAAGAGCACUCGGUAAGAGUUGGGAAACAUUCGAGGAGCAAUCCACAAGUAAACACUCGACAGAGCGAAGAGGUCCUCCAAGCGCCGACUAGAAUGUCGAGACGGCCGCAACAGUUUGGCCCCCGCUGCUGGGUGAUGCCGCUCCUGGGAUUAUACCUACUCAGCCACGGCCUCCGUUGCGAUGCUCGGGCGGUGAACGUGAGCAACACUUGGACCAUGCCGCAGGAGGGCCUGAACGUCUUCUAUCGCUUCUUCCGCGAUCGCAUCUCCUGGUUCGAGGCGGAUGCCGUCUGCCAGUUCCAUCACGCCAAUCUGGUGACAGUCGACAACAGUUUUCAAUUCGAUGCAACGCGCGACCUGCUCAGGGAAUUGGACGUGAACGACAUCGUUUGGAUUGGUCUCAUGCGACCGCAGAACUCGGAUCGUUUUAUGUGGUCAAAUUCGCGUCCCCUCGUGGCCGACACGGGCUACUGGGCGGAGUCGCUGCCACUGAUGGAUGCCCCGCUCUGCGCCGUGAUUGAUCCCAUACGCGACUACCGCUGGCAUGCGCUGCGCUGCGGUGGACCCGAGACGGCCUCCUUUCUGUGCGAGAUGCCAGUUCCCAGCUGGGCGGAUGCCUGCAUACUGAAGGACAUGCCCAACCUGACCAUGCAGUACAUGGCGGACACGGCCAGCAUCGAGCUCAUCCGCAACUGCCAGGAGGAGGGCCUCCUGCGGCACACCUGCAAGGGCAAGGAGGAUCGGGAUCGGGCGGUGCGCAAGUUGAUCUGUCCCAAGGAGCGGCUGGAGGCGCAGCGGAUCAACGACAUCACCAACUCGCACUUCAAGUCGCUGCAGAUCAUCAACAACAUUCCCACGGACAACAACGAGGACAACGACAUCGAUCUGCUGCCCAACUACAACGGGAGGCGGGGCAUGGCCAUCAACAUUGAGGUGGCGCCCCCGCUGGUGCCCCUCGUGCCCCUGGUGCCCACUCUGGCCCCGUUCCCGCUGAACGAGCGCUUCGGCCUGGCCGAGUUCAUGCAGGCCGAUGCCCCGGGCUCGGUGUCGCUCUCCGGGCUCUAUCGCAUUCCAGACGAGAUACCCAAGCCGGUGAAGAAAUCCGCCAAGAAGGCCAACACCCCGGACUUUGUUGUGAAGGUAAAUCAGCAGCAGGAGCAGCAGCAGGAGCAGGAGCGGCAGCAGCCAGCGAAGCCAACGACCAGCAAGCGGCUGAUGGAGGAGAUGAUGAUGGGGGACCAGCCGGCGCUGAGUGAUGAGCAGCUGCCACCGAGCCUGGCCGAGGCGAAGGAUGACAGCCACAGCGAUGCCUCCAAUGAGAUAUUCGAGCCCUUGCCGCACAAGAAGAAGAUCCUGCCACAGGAUCUGCGCACCAUGCCACCCAUUGUUGAAGUGACAGCGGCAAAGACAUCAACAACAACAACAACAACAACCACUGAAAUGCCAACAACAACUACAACAACUACAACCAAAGUGCCAACAAUUUCAACAACAACCGCAGCAGCAGCAACAGCAGCAACGACAAUGGACCACAGCCCGAUGUCACCUGUGCCCCAGAGCAACAACCUGGGCCAUCCCAUGCAUCCUGUGCAGCAGCAACAGCACCAGCAGACACCUCACAGCGCAGACGAUGGCUCCACACUGCAGCAGCAGCAGCAGCAGCAGCAGCAGCAGCAGCAGCAGACGAUGCAGACGAUGCAUGCCACGCAUGUGAAGGAGUCCGCGGACAACUCACACUUCAUACCACCCAUGCUGCUGGUGAAGUCGCAUUAUGUGCCGCCAGCCAGACAUGCCAGCCAGGAGCAUGUCGAUCACGGCGACCAUAAGCUAGCACAUGCCACCAGCACCACAGCAGCAAGAGCAACAGCAACAGCAACAGCAACAGAAACAGGGACAUCCACAACAGCAGAGCCGAGAACAAAGGCCGCCAUAAAGGAGGAGCAGGAGCAAACGUCAACAAUCAUGUCAUUAACGGGUCUGACAGCAGACACAGACACAGGUACAACAGUGGCUUCAACAACAACAACAGCAACAACAACUAAAGUGGCAGCAACAAUGCCAGCAGGUACAACGGAAAGUGUGGAGGUGACGACAGCAGCCAAGCUGGGGGCAGGCGCGAAAGUGGCUAAAGGCAGCGACACCAGCAAACAGGAACAGGCAGCCACAGCGACAGCAACAACAACAACUGCAACUACAACUACAACAACAACUACAACAACAAAAGCCGCGACAACAGCAACUACAACUGGUGCAGCAGAAAUUGGAAACACUUUAAGGGGAACCGCAGCAAAUGCAACAACUGCUGGCACAACAACAACGGGUACACCAACAACCAGCAAGGCGGAAACACCAGUGGAAGUUACACCAACAACAACACCGAAGGAAGUUACACCAACAACAGCAAAGACAACACCAAAAGCCACAGCAGCAACUACAACUGAAGCAGCAACAACUACACCAACAACUACACCGACAACAUCUACAUCUACACCAACAACUACAGCCAGCAGCCAGACAUUAAAGCCAAACGCAGUUGCUGCAAAGGAAGCUACUGAAAUGUCAGCCGGAAAGCAUGCUGAAAAGAAUGUAGAGGACGGGGCAGAGGCUGGUGUGCAGGCAGAGGCGGAGGCAGAGGCAGCCACAACAAGACACAACUUCCUGGAGGAGGAAACCGAGGCGCCAUUCAAGCCCAAUCGACGACGCUCACUGACAAAGCCGGAAACUGUUAGCUAUUUCAAGAAGAUCCUGGGAUAGAGCAGUGACAGCGAGCGAGCGAGUGAGUGAGGGAGGGAGGGAUGGGGAGGGGAGAGGCAAACGGCAGAAGCAACAGCAUCCACACAGCAGCAGCAGCAGCAGCAGCAGCACUCCCCAGUAACCGUAAUCGUAGCCUCAACAGCGACUGUUAACACACAUUUCCGGCACACACAGACAAAUAAAUGAAUCCCCAAGCAGCAUUGAUACCGUUAGCAAAGUUACCCCCCCCUCACCACCGCCUCCCUUUACCCCCAAGAAACCGAAAAACUUUUACACGUAAUUGGUCUUCAAAAUCAUAGAAAGCGAUGAAGCAAAAGAAGCAAGAGGAAAAGCAAAAGCAAGAGGAAAGUGAGUGCGAGAGAGCUAGAGCUUGAGCUCGGUGUGCCAGUAAAUUGAAUCAGUUGUCCCCCUGCCCACCCUCCUUCGAAGCAAUUGCAUUCCAAGCCAUUUGCCCCUGCCCCUGCCCUUGCCCCUGACUCACCGCAUUCACAUCCACAUCCACAUCCACAUCAUCAUCAUCUAUAUCCACAUUCUGGCCAAAAGUUUGUCUGUGGCAAGCCCACGCCAGCAGCAGCGCCAGCAGCCACCCACUUCUGCUCUGUCUUAGCCAGAAAAUGCCGGAAAUCCAAGCUGUUAGUCAACGCCAAGCGGAAACGCAAAGCAGCCAAAAAGAAAACUCAACUUCAGCUUCAGCUCGGUUCGGUUCGGUUCGGUUCGAGUUGGCAGCACAAAAUAUGUCAAUUUUUCACCCGGAAGGAGCACCAUGAGCGGGGAGGGAGUGCAAAGGGUUUGGACAGUGGAUUUAAGCAAAAGAAAUAAAAGCAAGAAAUGGAAGCCACAGGAUAAGGUUGAGGCUGAGGCUGAGGCUGCAGCGGCUGCAAGCGAUGCAACGGGGCCAGCGGGCUGGAAAGAGACGGAGAUAGUGUGUGUGCAUAGCAGAGGCCAAAUCUAGAGUACGAUAAAUACGAAAACAAAAUAUGAAAAGCAAAAGCAGAAGCAUCAAUUUGUGUGUGUUGUUUACCAACAGUGCGACGAGUAUUCAUAUAAGGAUUCUGUUUUUGUGUGGAUUUCGGUGUACUUUGUGCGACGAGCGGGGAGAGGUGCCAGCAGUCAGGGGGGGCAGAGAGACAGAGCAGAGAGGAGCACUCUGAAGCAAUUACUGAGACACAUUUUUUCACAUUUCCCACUGGCUUUCACUCGCUCAUCCACACGCUCUCCACUUCCAGUGCGCUCUUGUGCAAACGAGUCCAAACAUUUUCUAUGAAAUUCCACUUCUCUUUUUGCUUUCCAAUGCCAAAGCAAAGUACACCAGAAUCCCAAAACGGAAGCCAAUAAGCCAAUUACAUAUUUAACUAUAAAUUAUAAAAGAUACGACAUAGAACACAUUUUUUUUGUGCGUGCAAAUAGUCAAAUACAAUUUGAGGACGA